AUGAGAAACGUGUUCGCAGACGUUCUCAGUUUCGGUAUCAGACACGAGCAUUGCGACAGCCAAGACUUCAUCGGUGACAAUAUCUGCUGGAGAGGAAAUCAAGCUCCCUAUCAAGCUAUUACCGUACUCACAUCUUCGCUGUUAUACUGCAGCGACUGGGGAAAAUACGGCCACGACCUCGGAGCCAUGGCGACAGCGGAAAAGCUUGGCAAGAUUGCCACUAAUAUUGUCCUGCACGAGUCGGCUCAGUACCUGCCUGCAGAUGAAAAAGAGGAAGGAGGAAAUGAUGGUCUCGACGAUAUUUCCAACUGGCGCGAGAAAAGAAUGCAACAAAUCAAGGAGGCGCGAAACAAGCAGGAUCUAUACAGGCAACAGGGCCAUGGAAAAUACGAAGAAAUCGUAGAAGAAGAAUUCCUUCCUGCGGUGACAAAGUCGAAGCUGGCGAUCUGCCAUUUCUUCAGUCCUACCUUCGACAGGUGCAAAGUGAUGGAUAAACACCUUACCGAACUAGCACUUCUCCAUGUGGAAACGCGUUUCGUAAAAUUGAAUGCCGAAAAGGCGCCGUUUUUCUCUCAAAAGCUCCACAUUCGGUGCCUACCGUCGGUUGUCCUAUUCAAAGACGGAAUCGCGGUGCAUACGAUUGUUGGUUUUACGGAGCUAGGUGGUGUGGAUGAUUUCCGAAGGGCCAAGCUGGAGCGUCUGCUGCUCAAGUACCGCGUUAUCGAGAGGUGUCUUGGGGACAACGUCAGCGACGGGUCAGACGACGAGUCGGACAACAAUUGA